AGUACAUAUAUAGCCCUUUUGCGCCCCUUCCCUGCUUGCAUUGCAGUCGCAUUGGCAUUCGCCCCCCCCCCCCCCCACAUCUCUCUCCAUAUACCAAUCAUCUAGAAAGUCAACUCCUCUCCUCUGUUUCGUCUUCCCUGCCCUGCCGUGAAAGCAGUUGAAGAGUUGAAUCGCAAUCGUCCUUCUCCUUGUCCGGCAGGCGGCGGCGGCAGCGGCAGGACCGUGAUGGGGAGGAGCAGCAGCAGCAGCGGCGGCGGCGGGGCAGAUGAUGGCGGCGAGGUGCUCCUGGACCACGAGUACAAAGAGGAGUACGUGAGGAACUCGCGGGGGAUGAACCUGUUCGCAUGCACAUGGCUGCCUGCAGGCAAGAGGAAGACUCCAAAGGCGCUCGUCUUCCUCUGCCAUGGCUACGCCGUGGAGUGCGGGGUGACGAUGCGCGGCACCGGCGAGCGCCUGGCGCGUGCGGGCUACGCCGUGUACGGCCUGGACUACGAGGGCCACGGCCGCUCCGACGGGCUGCAGGGCUACGUGCCGGAUUUCGAGUUGCUGGUCCAGGACUGCGACGAGUACUUCACCUCCGUGGUGCGGUCGCAGUCAAUUGAGGACAAGGGCUGCAAGCUGCGCCGGUUCCUGCUCGGUGAGUCCAUGGGCGGCGCCGUCGCUCUCCUUCUAGACCUCAGGCGGCCCGAGUUCUGGACCGGCGCCGUGCUGGUGGCGCCCAUGUGCAAGAUCGCCGACGACAUGCGUCCCCACCCGCUGGUGGUGAACAUCCUGAGGGCCAUGACCUCCAUCGUCCCGACCUGGAAGAUCGUGCCCAGCAACGACGUGAUCGACGCCGCCUACAAGACGCAGGAGAAGAGGGACGAGAUCCGGGGCAACCCUUACUGCUACAAGGACAAGCCCAGACUCAAGACCGCGUACGAACUGCUCAAGGUCAGCUUGGACCUCGAGCAAAACCUCCUACACCAGGUGUCGUUGCCGUUCCUGAUCGUACACGGCGGAGCAGACAAGGUGACGGACCCGUCGGUGAGCGAGCUGCUGUACCGAUCGGCAGCGAGCCAGGACAAGACCCUGAAGCUCUACCCGGGCAUGUGGCACGCCCUCACCUCCGGCGAGUCGCCCGACAACAUCCACACCGUUUUCCAAGACAUCAUCGCCUGGCUCGACCACAGAUCAUCCGACGACACGGAUCAGCAGGAGCUGCUGUCGGAGGUGGAGCAGAAGGCUAGGCACGACGAACAACAUCACCAGCAGCAGGAUGGCGGCAACAAAUAGCUGCUUGCUUGUAACUCUUCUUCAUAGAACGAACCAUUUCAUUUGGUGAUGCAUGGGAUGAUACACAUGUCAGUGAUACAUACCGACUAAAUUAUUUAGCCGACUUACCUACAAAUCAGCAGCUAGCUAUCAAUAUAUAUGGAAUCAUAUAUAUCAUCAAGUCUAAUAUAAAUAUUGAAUUUGAUA